GCUCGCCAAUCACCAUUGCCUAGUGACAAAUUUUCCUCUCGGUCUACAAAGUGUGUUGUCAUUGGCUACGCUCACAGAUGAAGGGAACUGUCCUAUUAAUGAAAAAGGCUCCGAUAGCUAGUCCUUUACCAUCAUACUAUGAGGAGGACAUUGAGACCAUUCCAAAUACAAAUUUGGAUAGCCACUUGAAGAGAACAUCCAUGCAAAAUGCAAAAUCAAGUGAUGAUGAUACAAGUAAUGGAGGCAUACAAGCCGUUGAUCAUGCACCAAAUGUUCUAGCCACUAAUGGUGUAACUUCUCCAAAUGCAAAUAAAUUGCACUCCAGCAAGGAUGCCACUAAUUCAGGCAUAGAUACCACAUUGACUCGCUUCGACAAUCGAAAGCUUGAUGAUGUGCACAAGCCUCAUUUUGAGUCAAUAUCCGAUGGAGCCCAUAAAGCAGAUGCAACUAUCCAACACAGAUCGAAUGAACAUUAUAGGGCAAAAGACAAUGAUAUCACAAAUACUACUAAUUCUCACCAGGAAACAACAAGACCCCAACUGGCCUCAAUUCGAAAUUGGGAAUUAUGCCAACUUGACGUACACAAUGCCUUCCUUCAUGGUGAUCUUGAUGAAGAAGUAUAUAUGCAACUACCACUUGGAUAUGGCAACAAAGGAGAACAACGACAAUCAUUAUGUGAUUAUUCUUUGUUUACUUACCGACAAGGGAACAAUUUCCUUGCGGUUCUCGUCUAUGUUGAUGAUUUAAUGAUUGCAGGAAACAAUUCUACACUUUGUCAACAUUUGAAAGACUUUCUCAAUUCUCAAUUCCACAUUAAGGACCUUGGAAGGUUAAAGUACUUCCUCGACAUUGAAGUUGCUCGCCAUCCUUCAAGGAUCUUUCUUUGCCAAAGAAAAUACACCCUCGACAUCUUAUUUGAAUCUGAGAUGCUAGGUGCUAAACCUGUUUCUUUUCCAAUGGAGCAAAAGCUCAAGCUCACUCUUGAUGGUGGUUCCCCACUACCAAACCCCAUGCAAUAUAGACGACUUGUUGGGCAACUCAUAUAUUUGACCAUUACUCGCCCAGAAAUAUCUUUUUCUGUUCACAUACUUAGUCAAUUCAUGCAAGCUCCAACCCAGCUCCAUCUUGAUGCAACAAUGAGAGUACUUUGCUACUUAAAGUCUUCGCCAAGGCAAGGCAUUUUUUUAUCUUCUUCAAGCUCACUGCAACUCUCUGGUUUUUGUGAUUCUGAUUGGGCUAGUUGCCCCACCACUAGAAGAUCCACAACUGGUUAUGUCACAAUGUUAGGGACAUCUCCAAUUUCUUGGAAAACUAAGAAACAAUCCACAGUCUCUUGUUCAUCGACUGAAGCAGAGUAUAGGGCCAUGGCAUCCAUUGCUAUGCUUCGUGUCACCAUGACCAAUGUUGCUCAAGAGGAUCUUCUUGUUAGUUCAUGAUUAUGACACAAGUUACGUAGGCCAUACGUGAGCAUUUGCAACCACUGUCUUUAUUUUACCUGCACAUAUGAGCCUUAGCUAUCAAAGUUUAUGAUUACCUUUUAUUGGUUUGGUUUCAUUUCAUCCUUUUUUCUGUCAAUGCUCUUGAAUCAUUGAGAUCUCUGCCAUUAUGGCUAAGAAAAUAGUUGGGUUGGA